AUGCCACUUACACGAGGAAAGAAGACCUCUAAACCCGUAAAAAAGAAACCUUCACAAGGCUCACUGAAAAGUAAAGCAAUAGUUCAUGAGGGUCAGGAGGAAACACAGAAUAGCAACAAUGACCUGGAGAGUAUUAGCACAGAGGGUGAAGCGAUAAUUCAUGUGGGCCAGGAGGAAGAGCAUAAUAGAAACAAGGGCAUGGAAAGUAUUAGCACAGAGGAUGAAGCGAUAAUUCAUGUGGGCCAGGAGGACGAGCAGCAUAGCAACAAGGGCUUGGAAAAUAUUAGCACAGAGGGUGAAGCGACAAUCCAUGUGGGCCAGGAGGAAGAGCAUAAUAGCCACAAGGGCGUGGAAAGUAUAAGCACAGAGGGUGAAGCGAUCAUUCAUGAAGGCCAGGAGGAAGAGCAGCAUAGUACCAAGGGCAUGGAAAGUAUUAGCACAGAGGGUGAAGCGUUAGCUCAUGAGGGCCAGGAGGAAGACGAUGACCUCAGAAGUGUUCACGACGACUCGGAUCGUGAUCCGGACUAA